AUGGGUAAUGAAGACUACAGCAUGGGUAAUGAAGACUACAGCAUGGGUAAUGAAGACUGCACGGUGGGUAAUGAAGACUACACCAUGGGUAAUGAAGACUGCACGGUGGGUAAUGAAGACUACACCAUGGGUAAUGAAGACUGCACCGUAGGUAAUGAAGACUACACCAUGGGUAAUGAAGACUGCACCGUGGGUAAUGAAGACUACAGCAUGGGUAAUGAAGACUGCACGGUGGGUAAUGAAGACUACACCAUGGGUAAUGAAGACUGCACGGUGGGUAAUGAAGACUACACCAUGGGUAAUGAAGAAUACACCAUGGGUAAUGAAGACUGCACCGUGGGUAAUGAAGACUACAGCAUGGGUAAUGAAGACUGCACGGUGGGUAAUGAAGACUACAGCAUGGGUAAUGAAGACUGCACGGUGGGUAAUGAAGACUACACCAUGGGUAAUGAAGACUACACCAUGUAUAAUAAAGACUACACCAUGGAUAAUGAAGACUACACCAUGGAUAAUGAAGACUACACUAUGGAUAAUGAAGACUACACCAUGGAUAAUGAAGACUACACCAUGGAUAAUGAAGAAUACACUAUGGAUAAUGAAGACUACACCAUGGAUAAUGAAGACUACACCAUGGAUAAUGAAGACUACACCAUGGAUAAUGAAGACUACACCAUGGAUAAUGAAGAAUACACCAUGGGUAAUGAAGACUGCACUAUGGAUAAUGAAGACUACACCAUGGAUAAUGAAGACUACACCAUGGGUAAUGAAGACUACACCAUGGGUAAUUAA